AUGGUCAAGUCUUACUCUGAGCGUGCCGAAGUGCACCCCUCUCCUGUCGCCGCCAGACUCUUCCGUCUCAUGGAAGAGAAGAAAUCCAACUUGUGUGCAUCGGUCGAUACCACCUCCACUAAGGAAUUUUUGGAGCUCAUCGACAAGUUGGGUCCAAAGAUCUGUCUUGUCAAAACCCAUAUUGACAUUAUUGAUGACUUCUCCUACGAGGAUACAAUUGUUCCACUUUUAGCUUUGGCUAAGAAACACAACUUCAUGGUUUUUGAGGAUAGAAAGUUUGCCGAUAUCGGAAACACUGUCAAGAACCAAUAUGCCCAUGGAGUAUUCCAGAUCGCAAAGUGGGCCGACAUUACAAAUGCCCAUGGAGUUACUGGCGCCGGCAUUGUUCGUGGUUUGAAAGAGGCUGCUCAAGAAACAACCGAUGAGCCUAGAGCUCUCUUGAUGUUGGCUGAGCUCUCGAGCAAAGGAUCAUUGGCUUAUGGUGAAUACACCAAACAAACUGUAGAGAUCGCUAAAAGCGACAAGGAAUUUGUCAUUGGAUUCAUUGCUCAGAGGGACAUGGGCGGUGCCAGCGAAGGUUUCGACUGGCUCGUGAUGACUCCAGGUGUUGGACUUGACGACAAGGGUGAUGCUUUGGGUCAACAGUACAGAACUGUGUCCGAGGUUGUUUCUACAGGCACUGACGUGAUUAUUGUUGGUCGUGGCUUAAUUGGCAAGGGUAGAGACCCAGUUGUGGAAGGUGAGAGAUAUAGAAAGGCUGGCUGGGAUGCCUACCAGCAGAGACUCGGAAAGGCAUAG